AGCAAGGCAGCGAUCUCCUGUCAGCAGUGUGCCCAGCAUCAGAGCAAUCCCCGUCCUGCAAGAAGACGUCCUUGAGCAUUUGAAACGGAUGUGAGAGAGUUUUUAGUCCUCAUGCAAAACAACCAACUAAACAUAACAGAUUACAUCAGCUCAGGCUUUUCAAUUCCUGGAUGGCAGCAGAGUGCUAAUCCAACCUUCAUCCUGGAUUUCAUAAACUGAAACAAGGGAGGCUGGCAGGAGCAGCACUGCCGGAUUGAGGAAGCUGACGACGGUGCAACAUGUGGGCAACACACUUUAUAAAGCUCAUAAACUUGUAGGCUGAUGUGUGCAGCUACCACUUUGGAUUCUGUACUGCUGUUUCCCUCAGCAAGAGGCACCAGCAGGCUGAGCACUAAAACCUGCUCUUUGGGACGGAGCAUUUACCCCUGCAAGACAUGAAGGGCUUCCUGUUUCUCACACUCCUCCUGAUGCCCGUGCAUGCUGGAACUGCUUGGAGUGCAAAAUAUGCAGUAGAUUGUCCUGAGCCCUGUGACAGUAACGCAUGCAAAAGUACCUUCCGCUGUAAGCGAACGGUGCUGGAUGACUGUGGCUGCUGCAGAGUCUGUGCAGCUGCUCUGGGGGAGACUUGCUAUCGUACAGUCUCGGGUAUGGAUGGUGUCAAGUGUGGCCCUGGGCUGAAGUGCCAGUUUUACACUGAGGAGGAUGACUUUGGUGAUGAAUUUGGUAUCUGCAAAGAGUGUCCCUAUGGUAGCUAUGGAAUGGAAUGCAGGAAAACAUGCAACUGUCCUUCUGGCAUCUGUGACAGAGUAACAGGGAAGUGUUUGAAGUUCCCAUUUUUUCAACUGUCUGCUUCAAAGCCUCCCAAUCGACGAAAAAUAAUUUCACACGCAGACAAUGACAUGGCAUCAGGGGAUGGAAAUUCUGUAAAAGAGGAAUUUGUUAAAGAGAAAGCUAUUCGCCCUCCGAUAAUGAAAUGGCUAAAUCCUCGCUGAUACUUGCUUACACUUGUAAGACUUUCAAGUGAAUGCAUUUCUCACAGAUUAAUGAAUAUGCAACAACACACUUUAAGAACAAAGUAGAUCUAUAGCAUAUGAAAAUGUAAUCUCUGAAGGUCAAUUGUGAUCUGUUUUUAAUGAGAAAAAUGUUUACUUUAAAAUAGACUGUACAGUGUAUAUGAUUUUUGAUAUUUGUUUUGAUAAGUAUUUGAACAGAAACAUAUUGUGGAUUCUUGAAUGUAUAGUAAAACUGAAAACCCAACAUGAUCAUUUAAAUAAUGCCAGAGGCCAACUCCUACAGCCUGAGGCUGGGAAAGCUCUCACUGAAAUCAGGGGACAGUUUGGGUGAGUGAUACUAUUGACAUGGAGCCAAUAUGAAAGAAACAAAUCCCAGGACAGAAAGCAACAUCUCUGAAUCUCAAUAAUAAUAACAUGGGAGAACAACAGUGUGAUUAAAUUAACCAACAUUAGUUGCUAGUAAUUUUCUGGGUUUUGGAAGCUUGGUGACAAUUACUUGGAGAUAAAUAUGCCUUUCUUCAGUGAGAAUAGACCCAGCACUUCAGUUUAUACAUUAUGAAUAACUUAGGCAAAACACUGCAGACAUAUAUUGUAUUUAGGUGGAUUUCUGAAGCUAAAUUUUGUACAGAGAAACAGCAGAUUGGUAAAUUCUACUGAUUUGUAAAAGGGGAUCUGAAACAAAAGAAGCUGCUUACCAUUAUUUAAAUAUAUAUGUUUCUAUAAACCAACUAACUGGUGCCAUUAAGAUGACAUCUGCAUUUUUUGGAGAAGAGUGGGUCCAAUGCAAGAGGUCAGCAAAUGGACCUUUAUACUUUCCACCUUGAUUGUCAGCUACAGCCCAGAUCUGAUUCACAAGGAGUUGAUUUGAUCCAGUGUAGGGAAGACUUAGACCCUCAACAAGUAGUAGUUCAGCCAAGACUACAGUAUUUUGGUAUCCAGUACUUCGUGUCUCAAUUGCAUGAGCAAGCUGUCCUGUUUCAGCCAGGAGAAUAACUUAUAUGUGUUAGUGUGUUGCAGAAUUGGCAGUCCCUCAUUCAGUUCAAACAGGAUGGAUGAUAUAUGUGUAAGUCGAAAAUCACCACUGAGGUGGAUUUGCUAAUAUGUCUGGAAACAACCAGGUACUCAGAUAAUAGAAAUUGGUGUAGCUGUGUCAAUGAACCUGGAUUGUGUGAGUUUAGAAAUUGCUUUGAAACGCAGAGCACUCCCACUGGAAAUCUGGCUUGAAUUGAAUAAUUCCUUUGAAAUUGGUGUGAGCUUUGACAAUGACUUCAGUAAAUCAAGGAACACAUAGUUCAGCAGUCAAAAUUUAGUUCAGGAUCUGAAAACAUACUUUUAAACUAGGAACAACAGAAACUUUUGAAGAGUUGAUCCAAGGCCAACAGCUGUGGAAGCAGGAUGCUUUCACCAGGGAAAGCAGAGAUGAGUCUUGCUGCUCUACAACAAGAGGAUGAUGACAACAACAGACAUCCAGACAUCAGUACAGCAGUGCAGGCUCUCCUGCCAUGAUAAUUGGAGACAUGUGAAUGUAAAUUUCAAAAUACCACAUAUACCACAUUUCAACUUGUGUUGAAUGUUAGGGUCUGAGAGGGAGCAAUUUUAUCUUGGGCUAUUUACAAGCAAGUGUAUUGAUUCUCAUUUACUGAUAUCAAAAGUAAUUUUUUUUUUGAUUUCAGUGAGAGCAGGAUCAAAUCCACAGUCCUUGAGCAGAUGAUGACAAUUAUUUAAAGAACAUAGUAAAUAUUGCAUACAUUAUUAAUAUUUUGCAAGUGUCAUAAAUGACAUUAUGAGUUCUUGAAUGUAAAUCUAAUAAGCUGGUUGGUUUUAAAAAACGUAAGAUUAUUAUUGUUCAAUUAAA